CAGUCGGUUUUUAUCUAUACAGAUCUGGCAACCACGAGAUAGUGUGUCUUCUUCCGUUGUGUGGUUUGUCUUGGCUUAAAACAACGCAAUCCUUGUGUUUUGGUAAAUUCAGCAGGAAUAAAACAUCAGCCUUCUUAUUCCUGCUGAGCUGAAAAGGUGAAACGGGGCCGGAAACUUCUGUACAUGAUGGACAACAUGUCCAGCGGUGUCGCUCUUCAAAAGCAAAUAGCAUCGAUCAUGGACGAGCUCGCCAAAGCCGCGGUGGCUGAAAUCAGCAAAGUGGUGGACGAUGGCGUCGUUAUGUUGCGGCUGGAGAUCUGCGAGCGCGAGCACGAGAUCGACUCGUUAAAGCGGAAUCUGCAGAUGGUGUCCGAGGAGCUGCGCGAGACCCGGCGCGCGCUCGUCCGGCAGUGCGCGAGCUCCGCGCGCCCCAGACAGACGCUCAAAGGUGCCAAAGAAAAUGAUCAAAGAGACAAAGGAAGAGAUCCAGGAACGGAGGACUCAGACAAGCCUAGCGAUGACGCUUCGGCAUCCAGAGUGGUUGUAAAGCUUGAAAGGAUGGAUGACGAGCAGGUGGUAGAAGAUGGAAACCACGCCACCAGAACCGAGCCUGAACUACACUCUGGUUCUGCUGAUGAUGACCAACUGGCCCAGGUAUGGUCAUCAGAGAACAACAACACUGAGACGCACGACCGGCAUUUCUAUUCCAGACAGGAUCGGUCUCAACGCAAGACGGAACAUUGUUCAGAGGGAGAGCAGACUAACGACUCCCUUUUGGGCAGAGCAGAAAUGCAGGGCCUGAGUGGAGAAGAGGAACUGUCAGUGGAUAGCCUGCAUGCAGCUACAGAUGAGCUGCUGAGAGCGCAGCCACGCUCUCACACACACAACUCUCUCGUGCACCCACCUCCCGAUUGUCAGGGUGAUUUCGGUGCAUUUGCACUGAGCGUAGCUUCCAGAGGGAGGCAGAUGGUUGGGACGGCUUUGCAGAAGAGACGAUUCGCCUGCGCCUUUUGUAGCAAGAGCUUUGAUCGACUCAGUCAUCUUGACAGACAUCAGCGCAUACACACAGGAGAAAAACCCUUCAGCUGCAUGUUAUGUGGUCGAUGCUUCACCCAGAAAAGCAGCUUAAAAAGCCACCUGAAGACUCACAGAGGAUUCACUGGAGACUUAGAUGCAGCAUCUUUGUUGCCAAGUGAAAACAAUCUCUUCAGCGAUGAGUGGAAUAUGGCGACUCACUGUGAAGAGCAGCUCGCGCACAACUUUGACCAAAACGCAGAAGAACUUGAUUCACACUCAACCUACCUGAGCCAAGAAGGUGUUCACUUCAUAAACGUAGAUGAAGAAAGCAUGCACCAAACAUAUAGAGAUCAGAUUAGAAACUUCUCUGCAGAAAAAAACAAGAAACCUGAUCUACCUGAGCCAGUUGAGAAGAAUAGACAGGAAGCGGAGGACGAUGAAGAUCCGGUGUUAUCUGAUUGUCGGCUGGACGAACCUCGGCACUCUGGGUCUGAGAGUAUCCUUGAUGAGGAAGAUGCUCAAGCACACUCGUUGAAUGCAGCAAGCUUUAGGAAAGAUUCGAUGGAAUCUGAAUGCAUUAGUACAACCGAGCAAACCUCAGCUCAAAACCAACAGCGUUUAGAAUCUACCUCGGCAGUCCUACUCAUGUGGGGGGCCUCUGAAGCCAAUAGUGUUCCUGCGGCGCAAAUCCAUGUCAAACAGGAGGAAGAGGAUGAGUCCCGAUCGGAUCACCAAGAGUCCAGUCUGAAUCUAGAGGAAUCAUAUGACCCAAACACAGCUUCACCUUUAGAUCAGAAUUCGACCUCUGAGUCUCUUAGGGCCACAGAGACUGCCGCGUUGCCUGAUUUUCCAUACGACACGUUACCUCAGAGGCAGCGGAUUUUAAACGGACGUGAGAGGCGCUUCCUGUGUGUUCUCUGUGGUAAGAGUUUUGACCGUCUGAGCCACCUGGACCGGCAUCAGCGCGUGCAUACUGGAGAGAAGCCCUACAGCUGUGGAACAUGUGGCAGGAGCUUCACACAGAAAAGCAGCCUCAAGGGUCACAUGCGAACACACACUGGUGAACACGGCUUCAGCUGCUCACAGUGUGGCAUGAGCUUCCCCACACGAGCGAGUCGCUACCGGCACCACUGUAAUUAACCAUGACCUGUGUUUUACACUUAAUCUCAAAGGUCCUGCUGUAUGAACUAAACAGUGCAGGCUUUGCCAGAAAAAAAACGUUUUUAGGUAGAUUCUUAUAACUCAUCAGCUUUAUACAUAUUUAUGUACUUUGAUAAAGCUGUGUUCCUCUGUCGUAGACCACGUAUGCUGUACAACAAAUUACAUUUCUAAUAUUAAUUGUGUGCAAAUCAUCGACCCAUUCAAGGGUUAGACAAAAUAAUUCUAUUUUUUUGAGAAAUAGAGCUAUAUCAAAAACCAAUUUUAACGUUUACAACAAUUUUAACAGACACAUUUUAACAAUGACUUUACCUAAAAGACCGAUUUUACAAAGACUCUGUGUUUACUGUCAAUGUGAAUGGCUAGUGACAUGAUCAGCUGCUGUCUGAUGCCAAAUAUAUCCCUGAAGUUGUUCCAGCGAUGUAAAAAUCAUGAUUACAGACAACGGCAUCCGACUGCAAAACGUAUCAUUAUGAACAAACAUGUCACAAACUUGCCUUAACCAAGCAUUUAUAAGCUCAACGUGCCCUGACUAGCCCUGGAGAAACACUUUUCUCGGUUUAGUCUUGGCAUAAAAAUCAAGAACUACACUCAGUCAGAUAAAGAUAAGGGGAUGCAGUGGGAUUUUGCUGUGUAAGCUGUAUCAAAUUCAAUAUCCGUUCAUCACUCCAGAAGCCAAGGUGGAGGUCGGUGCUUUCAAAAAUCUCAGUAAGUUAAAGCAGUGGUGUUUUAUUCCCCAGUUAAAACUGGGAUGACGUGAAACAUCCAUUGGCUUUGAUCUUGGUAUAUUAUUUCAUGUGCUUUGUCUUUAUAAGAAUCAUAAUAAUUAUGAACAUGUAACUGUAUUUAUCAUUAGAUUGGGCUGCAGAAUGUGUACUGUCCCUUUUCGUUAAACGUUCUGUCAGGUCGUAGCAGCCAAACCUGUUUAACGCCUUCAGAUUUGGGUUACACAAUUAAGUGUAGAGAUGCGAUUUUGUCUAUUAGGAAUAGAAUUUAUAGCUAAUUGUCAGGACUGGGAAGGAGUGCAGUAUGUCCUUUUUUUGGUACUGCAAUCACAUUUUGUGUAUUUUUUCAUCACUGGAAAGCUGCAAACAUGCGAUGAGCCAUCAACAGGACAGGGCAUUGUUGUAACUGUUUCUCUGCAGACUCGAUUAAAUCAUGAAUUGCUAAUGUAUUAAUUUUUGAUUCACUUUGCUUGGGAAAUGACAUGUUCGGGUAUCAGAUCAAUGUCUGUGAGAAGAGAUACAGAAUCUUGGUAACCAAGAAGCUACUACUUUCUCUCAAUUUCGACACGUCAGUUUCUCAAGCGUUGGCUGGCUAUCUCUUAUCUUACAACAUCCACAAAUACAAGGUUACCACACACUUCCCUUGAGUUAUAUAAAGCCACUAUAUCUGUUAAAAUUGCUGCUGAUGCAUAAAACAGGGCAGCUAUGUUAAAUAACUGCCACUCCACACCAGCUAGCAUACUGCUGUGAUAAAGGGAAACGAGACAUUCCUCCCACCCCCUUGGCAGGACAAUUCUAUGACCUUUACUUUUUUAGGCUUGGCAUAAAUGUAUUGAUUAGAGAGUACAGUUUUUCCACUAGUUGUGACCUACAAAACCUCUACUUUCAUAUGAAGUGGCAAUUUAAAUGAGAAGGAGGAGGAACAACAGAUCUUUUCCUAUAGCUUUUCAGCAAACACAUGAGAUUAAAACCAAUUUCAUUGAUCUUUUGCAGACAGAAUUCCAGGAAUUUACAUUUAAUCCAGUGAAUAAAUCUAGCUCCUAAAAGAUAA